GUUUCCAGGAGAGUUUCAACCUCCUCGCCAGAUUUAGCAACGACUUUAGGAGAGAGGCAAAUGCAACAAUUACACGAAAAGACCAGAACGUUACAGGACAAACAGUGAGCUGAGCUGUGGACGGACAAAUGUGUGUAACUGUAAUCACGUGUGAACCUGAAGGAGGAAACACGAGGCCCCAAACAGAGCUGCAGAAAGAGGAGGAGCAGCUCUGGAAGGAGGAGAGGCUCAACGUCACUCUCCAGAAAUGAAAGUUAGUGUCUGUCAGAGGGAGCUGCAGUCGAGACAAGUCUCUGUGUCUCUGUCUGAAGAAAUAUUGAACUGAGUUCGUCAGGUCUUUCUCAACAAAUACUGAUAUGGCUGCUGUGAGCUGUCUGCUGUCUGAAGAUCAGUUUCUGUGCUCCAUCUGUCUGAAUUUGUUCACGGAUCCUGUCAGCACACCGUGUGGACACAACUUCUGCAAGAACUGCAUCACUGAUCGCUGGGAUGUUAAUUACAGGUGCCAGUGUCCCUUAUGUAAAGAGGCCUUUACCACCAGACCUGAUUUGAGGGUCAACACUUUGUUCUCUGAGAUGGUCGCUCAGUUCAGACAGUCAGCUCAACAGAAAGCCAGCAGCAGCUCAGAGCAACAAGUGUCCAAACCAGGAGAAGUUCCCUGUGACGUCUGCACUGGAACCAAACUGAAGGCCCUGAAGUCCUGCCUGGUGUGUCUGGUCUCCUACUGUGAGACUCACCUGGAGCAUCAUCUGACAGCUUCACGUCUGAAAAGACAUCAGCUGAUCGACCCUGUGAAGAACCUGGAAGGCAGGAUGUGUACGAAGCACAAUAAACCUCUGGAGCUGUUCUGUAAGACCGACCAGACAUGUGUCUGCACACACUGUCCUGCUUUAGACCACAAGACACAUGAGUUUGUUCCUCUGAAAGUGGAAUAUGAAGAAAAGAAGGCAGAUUUGGGGAAGACAGACGCUGAAAUUCAGCAGAUGAUCCAGAAGAGACGACUGAAGGUUCAGGAAAUCAAACUCUCAGUGAAGCGUAGUAAGGUAAAAACCCACAUGGAGGUAGCAGAAGGUGUUCGGGUUUUCUCUUCCCUGAAGCAGUCUAUUGAGAGAGGCCUGAAGGAAGUCAUCAAAACGAUAGAAGAGAAGCAUAAAAGGACACAGAAACAGGCUGACGCUUUCAUCAAAGAGCUGGAACAGGAAAUCUCUGAGCUGAUGAAGAGGAGCACUGAGGUGGAGCAGGUCUCACGCUCUGAAGACCACGUUCACCUCCUCCAAAGUUUCCCGUCCUUAAAAGAUGCUCCACCCACCAAGGACUGGACACACGUCAACGUCCGCCCACCAUCAUUUGAGGGGAUUGUGAGGAUAGCUGUGAAUCAGCUCGAGGAGACACUCAGUGAAGAGAUGAAGAAGCUGCUCGUUGAGUCCGAGCUGAGGAGGGUCCAGCAGUAUGCAGUGGAUGUAGCUCUUGAUCCUGAUACAGCACAUCCUGAACUCUUCCUCUCUCAUGAUGGGAAACAAGUGAAUCAUGUUGAUGUAGAGAAGAAUCUCCCAGACAACCCAGAGAGAUUUUCCCAUUAUAAUUUUGUAUUAGGAAAGCAGAGUUUCUCUUCAGGCAGAUUUUAUUUUGAAGUUCAAGUCAAAGGGAAGCCUAAAUGGAAUUUAGGAGUGGCCAGAGAGUCGAGCAACAGGAAAGGACUAAUCACAAUGACACCUGAGGAUGGUUUCUGGACUAUAUGGUUGACAAAUAAAAAUGAGUACAAAGCUGCUGCUGUCCCUGCAGUCCGUCUCUCUCUGAAGUCUCCUCCUCAGAAGGUGGGGGUGUUUGUGGAUUAUGAGGAGGGUCUGGUCUCCUUUUAUGACGUAGAUGCUGCAGCUCUUAUCUACUCCUUUACUGGCUGCUCCUUCACUGAGAAACUCUUCCCAUUCUUCAGUCCAUGCAGGAAUGAUGGUGGGGAAAACUCUGCCCCUCUGAUCAUCUCUCUUGUCAAUAAAACUGCCUGAUCAGCAGAGGUUUUCGACGGUUAUCCAGAAUUAAAAUCUGCUGGAUUUAAUGGACUGUUUUUCUGCUUUCGUGGUGUCGAGAUGUGUUAACAUUCUGAGUUUUGUUUUGUGUUUAAAAUCUGCAGAGAAUCUGUGGAAUUUUUUGCGUCCGCAGAGUCCCUGUGGCCUCGCUGACCAAUUAAGCAAUAGUCUGGAUUAACGGAAGUACAUUUCCAGGAUAAUUGAUUUCUUCUGCUCUCUGUGUGUUGCCGUCCUCAAACUCCCUUCUUUUCAGAAAACAACAACAAACUUCGAGGAAGCAAGCUACAGUACACACUGAAAAUGGCAUGUUUUAAAGCAAAUUGGGAUUGUGCAACAAGGCAGGCCUGCCUGGUUCUUGGUUUUGGGAGCGAUUGGUGGGAUUUCUUUGGACGAAGCACACACGGCGAUACACUGAUAAGAGCCAAGUUUAACCAUGUUUAGCCAGACCUAUAUCGAGACUAACUGAGCAAUAACAAUGAAUCAUUGCCAAUAAGACGUAUCCUUACAUUGUAAAUAUGUACCAGACAAAGUUUUUAUACUACAGUACUGACACAGCAGUCAAUACUAGGACGCCGAUGGAUUAGAGACACAAAAGCAAAGAUUUCGUGUCACUUAUACAACAUAAGUUCAGCGGUAAUGCACAGUGUUUUCAUCUGAAUAUGUUGGGUCAUUCUUUAUCAUUUGUGUCAUUGUGUCGUACAGCUUCAGGAUUUGAACAUGAACUGAAGGAGUUCAGUUUGUGUUGCUGUGCGGUGGAUUUGUUUUUAAUUCUAAGGCUUUUUAAAGAGAAAAUAUACGUGUAUGUAUGAUCUGUUAAACUCAACAAUGUAGUAAUGAAUAACAUUGAUUUUAGUUUGUUAAUUACUCAACUGUGGAUACAAUCAUUAUCACAUUAUUUUAUUGUGUUUACCUUUAGGAUCUUACUUGUUUAAAUUCUUAUUUCUCUGAAUUACAUCCUGUAACUUUGCUCCCAUUUAUUUUGGUUUUUGGUUAGUUGAUUUAAAGGUGCAGUAAGCGAUGCUGCACAAAGAUUGUUGAUAUUUGAACUUAACUGCCGAACCAAUACAACACCCCCUCCCUCUUCAGAAGCUCCACCCGGCCGGCACAUUCACAUGCUCCAUUCAUAGAAAAUAAAGAGCUAGGGGACCAUUAGGAGAUAUUCCCUGAAUUUGACAAAAAGUGUAUUGGAUUAACAUCACCUUUAAGUUAAGUAGUCAUUGUAAAAUAGUCAAAAAAUAGUAAAAUAGUUGAACGAACUCCUGGGUGAAAGUAACAUGUUUGACCCAACCAUUCAUCCGAGACAUACGGUAACCAUGCAUGUGUAUGUAUGCAUAUGCAAGUGUCUGAAUACUUGUAACGUGGCUUAUGAAUCAUAGAAAUCUGUAUAUUUGAGAGUUGUAUGUAUGAUGUGUAAAACAAAAAAAACUGUAAAAUAAACCGGUUGUUGAACA